AUGCUGCUGACUCGCUCCUCCACCCUCUCGGGACACAUUAAGCUCUGGUUCCUGACCUUAGCUGUGCUUGUGGUCCUGGCUCAGACUUCCCCAGAAGGAUGGUUCAGAACGUGCUUUUACGGCAUGGGAAAAUGCAGGCACGUAUGCAGGGCCAAUGAGAAGAAGAAAGAGAGGUGUGGAGAGAACUCUUUUUGCUGUCUCGGAGAAACAAAGUCAAAACUGUCCAACAUCCCAACGAACAAAGGACGGAAAAAGGAUGUGCGCUCUUUGCCUCCUAAUGGUGGAGGUCUCAACUACUGUGCCAAGAUCAUACCUGCCUGA